CUAUUUUUAGCAGGGCUGUCUGAGGCUGCCAUGCUGCCUGUGCGAGGUAAAAGCUCGUCCGCCCCAGAAGAGAUACUGCGGCACUGAGUCACGGUGCUGGUCUCUGCUCUGCCGUGUGGCUCUCAGGUUCGCCGUGUUGCUUAAUUAGGACUUCCCGGAAGAGUCACGGUGCUGUGCGCAGCUGAGUGGCGCGGGGCAAGGAGGCAGGAGGAGACCGAACGACCGCGGCUACGACUCCGACCGUCACCAACUAAACAUCUGUAGACAUUUUGCGGACCAGAGGAGGAAGGUUUGUCACCAUGGAAGGUUUAAUAGAGCGGCUGGAGCAAGCUGUGACUCGCCUGGAGAAGAUGUCCAUCCCGAUGCAGGCGGCCAGCGGCAUGGCCAAUGGGAACUGCGUCAAUGGCAUCGAUGGAGGUUUGUCUCAGUGUCUGGAGGCCUUUGACGACCUACUGAGAGGUCCGUUGUCGGAGUACCUGAACUACAGCCGCGCCAUCGGAAGUGAGGUGGAGAAACAUGCGGACAUGGUUGACAACGCCCUGCAGAAUCAGAGAACUUUUCUCAAGAUCGCCGCCACGCACCAGAAACCUGCACAGACGGAGCUGCACGACCUGCUGAAGCCGAUUUCGGAUCACAUCCAUGAGAUCCAGAGCUUCCGCGAACGAAACCGCGGCAGCAGCCUCUUCAACCACCUGUCAGCGGUCAGUGAGAGCAUCCCCGCUCUAGGCUGGGUGGCUGUGAAUCAGAAGCCGGGUCCGUAUGUGAAGGAGAUGAACGAUGCUGCCACCUUCUACACCAACAGAGUGCUGAAGGACUACAAGGAAACCGACAGGCGUCAUGUAGACUGGGUGCAUUCUUACCUUUCAAUCUGGAACGAGAUGCAGUCCUUCAUCAAACAGCACCACACUACAGGACUGGUGUGGAGCAAGAGUGGCCCCAUCGCUCCUCCUCUCUUUGACCCCCCCAGUGCUCCGUCCUGUCCUCCUCCUCCUCCUCCUCCCCCCGGCCCACCGCCGGUCUUCACUGAUGAUGACUCCCAGCCUCAGGCGGGCAGUGCGGUGGCCCAACACUCAGCACUCUUUGCCCAGCUCAACCAGGGCAUGGACAUUACUAAAGGUCUGAAGCAUGUAUCGGAUGCCAAGAAGACCCAUAAGAACUCCAAUCUGCGUUCACAAGCAACACCGACCAAAACAAAGUCCCCAGGGACUGUGAACUCUCCCAGGGCAGCAGUCCAGAAAAAAACCCCUCUGCUGGAGCUUGAGGGGAAGAAAUGGAGGGUGGAGAACUUUGAGCAGAAACACGACCUGAUGAUUGAGGAGACGGAGCUCAAACAAGUGGUCUACGUCUUCGGCUGUAACAACUCCACCCUGCAGAUUAAGGGCAAAAUUAACUCCAUCAUAAUAGACAACUGCAAGAAGAUGGGUUUGGUUUUUGAGAAUGUCGUUGGGAUUGUGGAGAUCAUCAACUCCAAGGGAAUUCAGUUACAGGUGUUGGGAACAGUUCCCACCAUUUCCAUCAACACGACGGAGGGCUGCCAGGUCUACCUCAGCAAGGACUCCCUCAACUGUGACAUCGUCAGUGCCAAGAGCUCUGCGAUGAACAUCCUGGUACCACAAGAUGAGGAAUAUAGGGAGUUUCCAGUACCGGAGCAGUUCAAGACCGUUUGGGACGGCUCCAAGCUGGUGACAGAGCCGACUGAAAUCGCAGGCUGAUUGACGCUUCAUUACCACCGGGCUAUCGUUGAUUUUCUUUUUUUUUAAUAAUCUCUGUCCGAGACAUAAAAGGGAUUAAUGCGACAAACUAACUUUUGGUCCACCUGUUGUUCCUGUAUUUGUGACUUCAUGUCUCUCUAGCACUUUGAAACUGUUGAUUAUGAAUAACCAUAACAUUGUUAUGACUGUACUCUAUCAAGAUUUACCGUAUGAGAGCAGAAGCACCAUUUAGACCACAGCAGUAAAACAUUUUACAGAAAAGGCUAAAGAUUACAUAACAUGCACAUACAUUCAGUGGCCAGGCAGACAAAAAUAAGAGUUAAGAGUAGGACUACUUGGUAUAUUUUCUAUCUAAUGAAGUGUAUCUUAGAUAUCUCUUUAAAUGUGUAGAGGGCAUGGUAGUCACUAGUCAUGUAAAGUGUCUUCAAAGCACUGUACAAAUAAAAUGUAUUAUUACUGUUGCACUUAGUAAAUGAAGAUUAUGCAACACUGCUCACUGUAUUUUGCAUAAACGGCAGAUGUCAGUCUUGCUAGUGUUUGUAUUGUAAAACCAAUCAGGUCAGACGAAUGUUACAAUGUCAGAUUCUGUAGAAGUUAUUAAUUCAACAUGAAAUAAUGAACUAAAUACUUAGUUAUUUCUGAGAAUACUUAGAAAUCAUGUGACGAGCACUGCAUUUGUACACCUUUGACGGUAGUAGUAACUUUCACACUUCCUAGUCUCCUUUGUAGUAUUACUUUGUACUAAGAUGUAGCACAUGGCACCAGCAUAAGAUACAUAAGACAGUAUACACCACUAAUGCUUUUCAAAACUUUUAAUUAACAUUAAAGCAAAUUGAUGUAAUUGUGUAUCAUUUUUCAAAUAAAAUCAAAACCUUCUGUU